AUGGAGCACCCAGCACAGGGUUCGGCGACGGACAUUGGAGACAUAGAAGACUGCCAAGCAGCAGGCUUUCCAACCAAAGAGAAAGGUAGCGAAAACAUACUAAGAAGAAGUCGUCGAUCAAGGCUCUUCUGGAGAAGCUCAAACGAAAACCUCAGUUGUGGACUUCCUUGCCAGAGAAGUGAGCUCACAAUUCAUGGAAAGAGCCUUUUGAAGGCCCUCUUUCCAGCUGAUCACCACCAUCUAGAGAUCGUCAAAGCUGGCGACAGAAUUGCCCAUAACAACGAUGAAAUAGACCUAGGAGAUUGCUCGGGCCACUGCAUACACGAUUCAACCCUCGACCUUAGAACAAAAAAGAUCAAGACUUGCAUCGCUUCUAAAACGUCAGAUAUAACGCUAUACAACAGAAGAAGCCGCCAGUACUUUCUGCUCGAAGACGCGAUCACAAUAAGUUGUAAAUGUCUGUCUUCACAUUAUUGCCCACCAUGA